UACCUGUAAGGCGAAAUGAUAAGAGAGCAGGCUGGUAGCUUUUGACCCCUGAGUGACAUCAGUUCCGCUCAUCCUGACUGAGCCGCUGAUUGUCGUGAUUACAGCAGGCCGUCCACGAUGUCGAUCCAGAAUCACGUGGUGUUGCUCCAGGCUCUAACAUUCCUCGCCUUUGUUAUGUACGCAUAUAGCUACUGUCAGCGGCCUGGUUUUAUCUGUAUGAACAAAGGAAACUGUACAGCAGACAGGACAUGUAAAUGUGACAGAGGUUGGGGAGGCUAUGACUGUCGGGCCCCUCAAAAGUAUGUAAACUGUCGCAAAAGGUGUAGCAAUCACGGGAUUUGUGUCAUGAAUGGAUUGUGUUAUUGUCAAUUUGGCUAUUACGGUGACAACUGUGAAAAAAAGAACGAAACGAUUUCGUGUAACAUGUUUAGCAUGGACGUGACAAUGGCCACCCCGGGCAAACGUGACAUCAGUCUGCGGGGAGCCGAUGAAUGCGGUCUUUCAAAGGUGCCCUCGCGACCAGGAGAGUAUGUAUACAAACGGAGCUUCCCAAUGGUACCAAACCCUGGUACUCCGUGUGACGUAUACCAACGAGAACAUCUUGGGCCUGGGAUGUUCUCCUACACUAUGUCUAUGUCUGUGAAGCGUAGGAAACAGAUUUUUUCGCCUCUGGACUGGGUAACAGAGUUUAUUUGUACCUAUGAACGGAGUGCUAAUGGCUCUACCAAGCCAAAGGAAGACUACAAGCUGUUUGAUGUUGACAUCUUGGACUAUUUGAAUCAUCCUAUACAGAGCGGUGCCAAAACCACCAUGAGUAAAGAAUUUUUCCUAGUGUUUUUCUCUAAUAAAACAGACUAUGAAGUUCUAGUGAAAGAACUGCAUAUGUACAAUGUCUGGACUGGGGAGAAGCUCAAUACCCUUAUCAAAGCUGGGUGCCGGACAUACGUCGGUAAAUUAAAACUGUUUGAUGAACCUAUCGUCGGGGAGCACGUACGUUAUGAUGGCACCGCGGUCCAAGGUACCUUUGUCAAUUUUCACCCAAUCAACGAGCCCUUCGAAAUCUUUUUCGACUACAAAGUGCAGAUAUGCAAAGGGCAGUGUUCAAAGCCUUUCUGUCACGCAACGAAAAUACAAGAGGCUCGACCUGGACUUCGUCUGAUCCUAGAAUGAAAGAUUAAACAGGUUCUAAGAAAUGUAGUCCAACACUAGCGAAAAGGACACCCACAGCGAUACUGCAUUGUCUGCGUAUUGAUGUAUAUAGUUUACUUUAACCGCAACUAUUUGGAAAAAUUUAACAAAAUUUUGCAAAUCCUUCCGCUAUUGUUGGACAAUGGCUAUUACUUUUCUAAUAUAAUUGUAAUGUUUCAUUGUUUCAUUUAGAAUGUUGAAUACGUUUUGUCAUAGACCAGUGCUAUUCUAGUAUUCACAUAAGAUCGAUUUCUUCUGAUGAAAAACUUGUCAUUUGUACCACCAUCCAUUGUAUUUAAGAUAUGUUUAUGUGAUUUACAUUGGCAAGGGUAAUCACGGUUUUCACAAACAACCAAUCACAUUGAUGUAAUAAAACAUUAAAACAUG